UUGAAAUCGACCGGGUACUUUUAAAAUAAAUACAUCUUUAUAUUGGACACGCAUCAAAUCUGGAUAAUGUCGAUGCCAAACACCGAUUUGCCAGCUAGAUUGCAUAGGCAAGAGACGGUAGGAAGGACAUUGAAAAUGCACGCUCGAACGAAAAAUAAAAUUAUUAACGAAACCAUCGGUCAUGCUUUGUCCCGCGAAAUGUCGGAGAGUAUUGAUCAAGCCAGGGAAAAAGUCGAAAAUACAGGAAAGCGACAGUGCCUACCGAGAAAGCAGCCGAAAAGGAAAACACAUGAACAGAGUACCAUUGAAAAGUUUAGAAAUAUCGAUUUCUUUGGACAGCGCAACUCGAACACCUUACUAACCGUCCAGAACUUAGAGUUUCCGGACGCCAACAUCAAGCGCACUGAGAUGCACAAGCGCGAUGAAUGCGGUAAGAGAAAAAUCCGUGCCAAGGGAGUGGACUUUGCAAGCUCCAGCAACUCCCACUUUAGAGACGGCGUCCAGACUGUCAAGAUACGCAAGGAUGUUUGUUCCACCAUCAGUACAAUGCAGAAUUUCCAGGUUGCCAUUGUCCCUAAGAGCAAACAGACACAAAAGGGCUCCGCGGAAGAACCCGAUUCAGAGGAGCUGGUUGAUUUGAUGCACGUGCGUUCCUCGCGACCUCCCAAUUUCAAAGACGAGGAGUGGAAAAGCCCGUGCCCAGCCAGUUUCGUGGCCGGCGCACCGCGGCCCCGCAUUGGACGGUGCCCGAAAAACUACGAGCAGCUGGCCAAGCUAACACCCGCCCGCCAGAAAUUCUUUCUUACCCAGGAUCCACGUAAAUCGCACUGCCUGGUUAACCCUAUUGCGUUGCGCCACACUCCACUGACGAAGGAGCAGGAGUUCACCCUCAUCAGCAAGUUAGUCAAGCAUGGGGACAACCUCUGUGCCAGCACAGGAUCAGAGUCAUCCGAUACGCACAUCUGUGAGGUUAUAGAUUUGCAAAAUCCCCUGAGACUCGAUUUUCAUGGUAUGGACUACAAAACCACGUUUGAGCAGGAUGAGAUUGAACAGCAGAACGCAUUGACUUUCUGGCGCGUUCAGCGCUAUAUGGCGCGGCGAAAGGCCAAGAAGAACACCAAGGUGAACGUCGAAGCCGAACUGAAGGCGGAGCGACAGGCAGUGCCGCAACGGUAUACCACGAAGAUAAAGGACACGCCCGUGGAGGAGGUGUCGCCGCACCGAUCGCCACGCCUUGUGAACCUUUAUCGCAGUCCAGACAAGCCGGCCAAUAGGGUCAAGAUCGAGGAGGAGCGCAGGCGUCGAGUUGCUCGCUACAAGGAUAUCUAUCUGCGGAGAAAACAUCGCGAGAAAGAGCAGCAUGAGGAGCGCCGAAAGCAGAAAGCGUCCAUCAAAGAAAUAGAGUGUCAAACGGUAGCCAAGAACGAUUUGCGAGCCGACCUGGCGGUUAUCGAUGACGCCAUUGAGCGCAGCUUUCGUAAGCAUGUUGAGCUUAAACCCGUUAUCCGCAAGCGCAAAAUUUUCCCCAAGACCCUCACCGAAACGGAGAGGCUAAAGGCGAUUAUGCACCGCGAGGACUGUGUUAGGCGUGACAAGGCCCGGGUCACACAGCAGUUUUUCCUGGGCCGCACUGGCAAACAGAAGUAUCUUCCGGACGCAGAGCAGCAGGUGCGCUGCCAAGAGAGCAUGGAGGGAAGCGUAGGCUCCACACCUAGCGAGCAGAGCAGCGACGACGAGGACUUCCUACAGGUUGGCAAGAUUGGCGACAAGUUCCAUCUGCGGGGCUUCCACUUUAAGCACGGAGACGGCCUCCGCGGUAAAUUGCACCGGCACCAAAUUAUGCAGGGCCAGCGAACAGUAAAGCGAUGCCUUACGCGCGAGGAGUGGCUCAACGACCUGGUGCCGCACAAGGAGCCUAUCAGGCUGGACGUGGAGCGUGGCAUUAUAAAGGUUCUUGACCCUGAUGACCCUAAUUUGGACCUGUUUCCACCAGAGCCAUUGCUUGUUAGAAGGCGGGAACGCAUAAGCGCAGUCAAAGAAUUUGUAUAUCAGCGGCUUGGCCUGCAUUACCACCGCCGGCUUCGCAAGAACUUGAAAAUUGUUAAGCCCAAGCCUGCAUACAAUGUAAGGAAGUUUAAUCUCAUCCGCUACGUUUUUCCUGAGAAAGUACUUGUUCCAGACGGUCACGUCCCAGUUGAGGAAAUGGAGGUUUUGGACGCCACCAAGGUCAAUACAACUCUGGAGUAUGUCAAUCUAAAGCAGAAGCUGGCCCAGUCCAAGCACCAAAAAAAAAAAAUGGCCCGUAUGCAGCUACUCGGCCUGCCUUGCAUUGAAAAGGAGCAGCUAAGGGCGGCUGAUCCCUGUCUGGAGGUCGAGGAGGAGAUGGAUGUCGAUUGGGUGCCCACUCCAGAACCUCCGUACAAUGAGGGUGAAAGUCACCACCGAAAGGCGGGCGGAAACAACCGACCGGUAAAUGGACUACAUUUACAGGCGGCAUGCCAGAAAAGCGUCGGCCGCGGGCGGUCAUUCGCCGGUAUGGAGUCGCAACCGGCACGGUGGCGUGGGAAUAUGCCGGCACCCAAGACUAGGGAGAAGACCCUGACAAUACACCCGAGACGAAAGCGCGAUUAUGCUACAGAGCGCAUUCCAUCUGCAAUUUUCAAUGAAGUGCUGCGAAAUUCUCCAUUGCCGCUUCUGGAGCAACCAGAACCUGAGAAGCUCCGCUGUUCUAAUUUAAGGACCAAGAAACGCCCUUACACAGAAAUAUUUGAGGCCAGACACCACCACGAUCAUUGGGCCCCGACUCAGGUGAAAAAUGUGCACGUUCAGUAUCAGCCGAAGACCGUGCUUCCCGAGAUUACAAAGGUGGCUAAAAAGGUGCGGAAACCGGUGGUCAAAUUUGAGAAGGCUAACCCGCCCAGCAGCAAGUACGUCGACAAGGAUCUGACCAUGCCCAGCUACGACCUUAGCCAUAUGAUAUCAAAGCAUUUGGCUACAACCCGCAUUGAUAGUAAAGAGGCCACCGGUGAAAUAGUGCCUAACUUUUGUCGACCAUACGAUUUCGUUUAUCACUCGGGGGAUCCCAAUGAGCUUGCCAAAAUAGACUUUCCGGGUCGCAAACAGUAUCUGGAAAUGCUGCGUGACCCACAAGAGGCCAUUUACGAGGCCAAGGACAUUGACGCUGGGAAAGAACGCCUAUUAGUAGAUCAUCGUGAAGUGGUGGCGGAACUUGAGGAGGAUCUUAAAAGCAUUGAAAAUUGCCUUAGCUCGUUGAGCAGCUCCAAGUGCACUGAUCUGUCUAACGACAGCGGCAGCUACAUGGUAAUCGAGGAUAAGACUAAGUUGCCACUGGAUUACAUACGCAAACCACUGGUACCAUUUGAAGAGAUGCGCCGAGCACGGUUCCACGCAGCGGUUAUUGACGUAAACGCCGAGGACGAAGAUCCCUACCGCAUGCUGCCGUUUUCGGGGCAGCACAAAGAGCAGGCCGAUAUGCUAGGUCCCAUGGAUUCGUUUUUUACCUUUAGCACUCGCUUGCGAAACAGCUUGCGGCUGCGACUGGAGGUGCCCGUACCGGACGUUCGCAGGACCUUGCUUGGUCCUGGCAGCCGCAAGUACUACGGGGCGGUGAUUACCGAUCUCGACGAGAACUACGUUGAGGAGUUAAAGAGCCGCGCUACCGUUAAUGCCUUUAAGUUCAAAACCAGCAUUCGAUUGCUUAAGGAUGCCAUGCGCUUAAAGUACGAGUCUCUUUUAAUUCAAGGACAAAUGGUGCGCACUAAGAUAUACGAUCGCAUGAACGAGCGGCACUGGGUGGACAUGAAAAAUACCAAGAAUUUGUACGAGGCAUUGUUCGUCAAAUGGAAGAAGAAGGAGUACAACGCGGCCAUGACGAUGGUGUACCAAGUGAAGUCGUAUUACGAGACCACCGAUAAACUCAAGCAGGAGUACCGGGAUUUAGAACGCGAAUUGAUGAUGCUUAACAUGGAUAUUGUUUUUAUUGAGGGCCAUUGGAUCCGAUGCAUUAUGCUGCAGAAUUUUCACUAUCUAAUGGGGGACCAGGAUUGGCGAGCAGAGCACGAUUGGAUACAUCUGGUCCCGAAAAGUAGGCACCGCGGCAGUAUUCAGGCCCAAGUUAAAGAGGAGCAAUGCCCGGAGCAAGAAGCUGAGGAAAUGGAUGUGAAUGAAGAGGACUUCGAACUGGAGCCAUACGACGUUUCGAUCUCGAAGCGAAGUAUCGUCAACAUUCGGGUACGCGACAAGGACGAUGCCUGGGCCAUCCGCGCCUUCUACUAUGAAAUAUACAUGCAAAAGUUUCCUCCAAUCUUGCAGGUCUUUCCUGACGCAGAGUCUUUCUUGCAGGGCGUUGAGAGCCUUAAGAAUAAAACAUUUAUGCUGCUUCUGGAAAUGCACUUCACACUGUCCAUUCACACCGAGGUGCAGGGCCGACAGGAGACUUUUAUAGAUUGGUGCAUCAAAGACCUCAAGGAAAAGCAAGAUUACGUUGCUCGCAAGUCAGCAAAGAAAUAUUUUAUGGAGGAUCGCGCAAGGGAGAUGGAGGAGAGGGUCCACCAAUACCUUGGAGAGCCCAUCGAGGAGACUAUUGCUGACGAGGACUUUAACAAGCAUCGCGCCGUAUUGGCAGAGGUGUGGCGCCGCGUGGUUCCAGACUCGGUUCGCGGUACCAGCGAUGUCCUUCCAAGAGCUGCUGAUAUGGUAGCCGCCAUUAGCGACGUAGUCAUGGAGAUCCUUUCAAAGUUCGAAAACGUUCACAUUGAGAAGGUCCGGUCCGUGGAAGCCACGCUGCGAAAAAGACGUCGGUACAGGGAAAAACUCUCUUACCAGGCUUAUCAGGUGGAGCGCCGCAUUGACAUGGAGAUGAAGAAGGUACAACGCAACCUAGAGCCGCGUUCUAAGAAGCCGAAACGAGUGGGGCGCCUGCCAAGGCUUUACCUCAAAAGGAAGGCCAUUCCGGAGGAAAGAGAAGUGCUUGUAAUCUCUGAGAAUACGAAGAACUUUGUGCGGGCUUUUAGGGAGGACGGUUACCCCGGUGACCAAAUUACUCACACCUCCUUAUUGACAGUUGACAAUAUGCAGGAGCAGAUAGUGCCCUUCUAUUUUGACCACUUCCUGAAAAUCAACGGGUAUACGCCGAAUUACAACUUUAGAACAAACGUAGAUUUGCGUGAUGGAUCAGAAUUCAAUCGCCUGAAAGUACGUGAAGUUCUACCAGAUGUCUUGGCCAGACUAGAAACUUGGGAGACAAUGCACAAGAAGAUUAUGGAGGAAAACAUCCAGAGAAACCCGAAGAUGUAUGAGAAUGUAAUUUAGCAGCAGCGAUAUUAUUUCGAUUGUAGUUGUACCGUUUUAAUAUAUUAAAUUUUCAGUUUUUUUUGUAUCAAUAA